AUGUCUGGUGGUUCUAUUCGUGGAGCAUCACAAGCUUUACAAUUGAGUCUUCAUUCGCUUCCAAAAAUUGUCUUUUCAAUAUCAUUUCUUUUGGAAAAUACUCGUAGUGAUAUGCCAACCUCUGUUUUCUUAUUAACAGAUGUCAGUUGCUCGAGCUGGGAAAGGUUACAAUUUGUCACUGAUGAAGAAAGAAUGGAUAAAAAAGUUAUUGGAAUGGUCAAGAAUGCAAUUAAAAAUGCGUUAACUGGUUUUAAAGUUAAAUGGAUUGACGACAACAUGCCAACAUCGAUUAUUCCAAUUCCUUGGAAUUCGUCGGAAAAAAAUGUAAUCAAGUUUUGUCAAGCUCCCAAUUCUAUUCCUGCUAUAUAUUUGGUAGAACCAGUAACUCUUCAGGAUCAAAAUACAUACCUUGGCUGCUCGGAAAUUAAUUCAGGAUUUGGAAAAAGAAACUUCAAAUCUGCAUGUGGCUUCCAAUAG